CCAAUGCUACCGAAACUGUCCCUAUCCUAACAAACAGACCACGCAGAGAAAUAAGAUAACCUUUUACUUUUAAUAAGGUUUAGUAAAAGUAUUUGAUAGUAUUUAGUUCGUUUGGCUCUAUUAACUCUUAUGCCGCGAUCUCUAUUCUCACUCCGGAUUUGGAAUCUGCCACUGCCAGUGCCAUCUAUCACUCUCCGUCUCGGAACAAUCCGUGGAAUGAACAACAACAACAAGAACAAUAGCCGCCGCCGUACUGCGGACAUCAAUAUUAAAUCUAAUCCUCGCUUACUUAAACUCCAACAACUCGUUAACAGCAACGCCGCUGCUGGUUGGGAAGAGUCCUGGAAGCAGGGAGUCACCCCUUGGGAUUUAGGUCGCCCUACGCCUGUUAUUUUACAUCUCCAUCACACAGGAUCCCUCCCCAUGGGCAGCGUUCUCGUCCCUGGAUGUGGCACUGGCUAUGAUGUUGUGGCAAUGGCAUGCCCUGGACGCUAUGUUGUUGGUCUGGACAUAUCCGAAGAGGCAAUAAAGAAAGCAAAGCAGAUGUCUUCUUCGUUACCAAAUGCGGAUUAUUUUACCUUCUUAAAGGCAGAUUUUUUCUCCUGGCACCCAACAGACUUGUUUGAUCUUAUUUUUGAUUAUACGUUUUUUUGUGCUAUUGAACCAGAUAUGAGAUCAGCUUGGGCGCAGCAAGUCCAAAAUUGUUUAAAACCAGAUGGAGAGCUUAUUACAUUGAUGUAUCCAAUGGAUGAUCAUACUGGCGGACCCCCAUAUAAAGUAUCAAUUGAAGACUACAAAGAGGUGUUGCAUCCAAUGGGAUUUAAGGCAAUAUCCAUUGUUGAUAAUAAAUUCGCCAUUGAAGUUAGAAAGGGAAGAGAGAAGCUUGGAAGAUGGAAAAGAGCUGUAGGCCACUCCUCGCUGUAAAUUGUGAUAAUGACCGUUGGCUAUUGAGGAGCCGUGUGUUGGGGGGGGGGGGGGGGGGGGGGG